AUGUCGACUAUCGAGGCUGCUAACGAUAUUAACGAUGGAUCUCACAACGAGCACAACGUCCAUGUCAACGAUGACACUAUCUACGAGGAUGUUGCCCACGAUGAUCCCUAUGACGAUCAACCUAUCGAAGAUCACAAAGAAAGGAUGGAACGAUUAGAAACCGUUAGCACGAUGUUAAUAGAAUUAAUCAAAGAUUCUCAGAAACAGAAAUCGACGAAUGCGAACGAAAAUGCGUCAAUGUUCAAGAAGUUUUCAUCCCUGAACCCACCAUCUUACGAUGGCAAGCCCAACCCUGUAGAAUUCGAGGAUUGGAUUAAUCGCAUAGAUCAGUUGUUUGAAACCUUGCAAUGUCCUAAGGAAUGGAGAGUCGAUUUCGACGUGUUUCACUUAACGGGCCAAGCAAGUUUAUGGUGGAAAGAAGACGAGUUUUUUCACUUGCAGCAAGGAACAAUGAGUGUUAUGGAAUAUGAAAACAAGUUCAUGGAAUUAUCAAGAUUUGCACCGGAGCUGGUAUCUACAGAACAAUCUAGGAUGAACCGUUUUGAGCGAGGUCUUCAUUUGAAAUACCAAGACAGGUUGGCAACUCAAAGGUUUACUUCCUAUCAAGAUAUGGUUGAUAUUGCAGUUAAUGUUGAACGAGUUGUAUUACUUCGAGAAGCGCAAAAUGUUGGUGAUAAAAGGAAGAAUGAUAAUCAAAACCAUGGAGGAGCUAAAAGGCCAAACCAAGGAAACCAUAAUCAUAGAAGGAAUGAUAGUAGAGACCAAGGUUACAAUGAUAGAGCAUCUCGUAAGGUAUGGUGUGCUAAGUGUGGAAAGAGAAACCAUACCGAAAGUGAAUGUCGUGCAGGAACAAAGACAUGUUAUCGAUGUGGAGGAAAAGAUCAUUUUGUCAGAGACUGCCCUAAACCACCUCCCACAGAUACUGGAAGAGCAACCUCGACCAAUCAUGAAUGA